UUCUGAUUCCAUCACUGAUUCACCGUAACCUCGGAUACACCAUUUCUUUUUUCCUUGGAGAAGAAGAAAUACAACACUUGGGGCCGGGAAUAGCAACAAAACAGUAUACAGUCCGUAGCUCAGGUGCCGGAGAGGGAUUUUCAUUGAAGAAUAGAUAUAUAGAGAGGUGAAAUGCAUCUGUAUAACGCUUGGUUGCCACCGCCGGUGGCGGAGCAGACGAGAAAAGAGGGUGAGGCUUUCGCUGAAGUGGUGAAAACGGCCAAGGAAUCGUAUAAGCAGGACGAUCCGGAAUCGGUUUACGCUACGCUGAAAUGGAUAUCUGUUCUCGACCUCUUCAUAAAGGCAAGAAGUGAAUUGCGCAUUGAAGAUGUGAAAGACCUUGUCGAAUUUGGGUUGGACUUAUUUAGAUUAUCAGAAAAUAAACUUAAUAUUCAGGUCAGAUGGGGAAAUCUCUUGGUAAGGAUAUUAAAUAAAUUUAGAAAGAAGUUGGAUUUGGAGGUCCAGUGGCGCCCAUUCUAUGAUACUCUGGUACACACUCACUUCACGAGGAAUACUGGCCCUGAAGGAUGGAGAUUGAAACAACGACAUUUUGAGACAGUUACUUCACUUGUUCGAUCUUCUCGGCGGUUCUUCCCUUCAGGUUCUGGAUUUGAGAUAUGGACUGAGUUCAGAUCCGUAUUGGAAAAUCCAUGGCAUAAUUCAGUAUUUGAAGGUUCUGGUUUUGUACGACUGUUCCUUCCAACAAAUGUGGAAAAUAAAGACUUCUUCUCGUAUGAUUGGAUUAGAUCAUGCUUAGAUCACUGGGAUUCUAUACCAAAUUCCCAGUUUUGGAGCAGCCAGUGGACCUCUCUUACCGCCCGUGUGAUAAAGAACUACAGCAAUCUUGAUUGGGAAGUAUUCUUGCCAAUUUUUUUCAACAGAUACUUGAAUAUGUUUGAGGUUCCUGUGGCAAAUGGAAGUGGGUCAAAUCCAUUUUCUGUGGAUGUUCCUAGAAACACUAGAUUCUUGUUCUCAAAUAGAACAGUCACUCCAUCAAAAGCCAUUGCUAAAUCAGUUGUUUAUCUACUAAGUCCUGGAGGUUCAACACUACAUCAUUUUGAGAAAUUGGUCAACCUCUUGGAACAGUACUACCACCCUUCCAAUGGUGGCCGCUGGACAUAUUCUCUUGAACGAUUCUUGUUCUAUUUAGUAACUACAUUUCAAAAUAGGUUGCAAUUGGAGCAACAGAGAAAAGAUAAAGGUGAACUGUCGUCACGCUUCCUAAGGCAGGUGGACAGGACUUCCUUUGUUAAUAUCAUCUUGAGGCUGAUUGAUCGUGGUCAAUAUAGCAAAAAUGAACAUCUUUCAGAAACUGUUGCUGCUGCAACUUCUAUUCUUUCGUAUAUAGAACCAUCCUUGGUUCUUCCCUUUUUAGCAUCUCGGUUUCACAUGGCCUCAGAAACAAUGACAGCUACUCACCAGUUGAAAAGUGCUGUUAUGUCGGUAGCAUUUUCUGCACGAUCUCUGUUCCUCAUGGCCUUAUCUACAUCUUCUAUGAAAUCUGAUGCUGAUGAUCACGAUGGUUCAUUUGUUGACCUUUUGUCAAUUUCGUUAUCAAAUGCAUUGCUUGGUAUGGAUGCCAAUGAUCCACCCAAAACAUUGGCAACACUGCAGCUUAUUGGUUCCUUAUUCUCCAAUAUGGCUAUUUUGGAAGAUAAUGCAGAUGGAGUGUUUUGUAUGCCUGAGUUUCACUUUUCUGAAUGGCUUGAUGAGUUUUUUUGUCGUUUGUUUUCAUUGCUCCAACAUUUGGAACCAAGUAGUGUCGUGAACGAAGGUCUUCAUUCUCCUGCAACUUCAGGAACUUUCCUUGUCGAGGAUGGUCCAUACUAUUUCUGCAUGUUAGAAAUAUUGAUGGGGAGGCUUUCGGAGUCCCUGUAUAAACAGGCACUUAAAAAAAUUUCCAAGUUUGUUACAAUGAACAUCCUUCCUGGGGCAAUUGCAGAGGUUGGGUUGCUUUGUUGUGCCUCUGUUCAUCCUAAUCCUAAGGAGGCUGUUACUCACCUUGUGAAACCAAUGUUGGAAUCUGCUAUAUUGUCAUUUAAAGGAACACCUGUUACAGGGUUUGGGGGAAGAGGGACUUCUGAAGCUUCUAGAGUCAGCAAGGAAAAACCCAUGCUCUCCCCGGCUCUUGAAAAUGCAAUUGAAUAUCAGUUGAAAGUGUUAUCCAUUGGAAUCAGUUAUGCAGGCCCUGCACUUCUUCACUACAAAGACGAAUUGAAAGAAGCUAUUGCUUGUGCUUUUAAUUCUCCAUCAUGGAAGGUCAAUGGGGCGGGAGAUCAUGUUCUCCGAUCUCUUCUUGGAAGCCUGGUCCUUUACUAUCCCAUUGAUCAAUAUAAGUGUCUUUUGCAUCACUCGGCUGCCCCUGCAUUGGAGGAGUGGAUCAGUACGAAAGAUUUUGCAAAUGAUAAAAGAUUGAUGGCUCCCGGGUGGCAUGUUCCUUGUCAGGAAGAGAUCCAGUUUGCAAAUGAACUCCUAAGUCUGCAUUUUGAUUCUGCUUUAGUUGAACUUUCAAGGAUAUGCAAAUCUAAAAUCCAUUCUGAUUCAGGAGAUGAAAAAGAACACUUAAAAGUGACUCUUCUGCGGAUUGAUUCUUCAUUACAAGGGGUUUUGUCAUGUUUACCUGAUUUUAGGCCAUCCUGCAAAGAAGGGAUGGUUGAAGAGCAAGGUCAUAUUCCUUUCUUGAUUGCUGGAGCAACAGGCACUUGUGUUGGUAGUGCUGAACUGCGAGAGAAAGCUGCAGAUGUUAUUCAUUCAGCUUGCCUUUACUUGUUGGAGAAAAAGUCCGAUGAUAGCAUUCUAUUAUUGCUUCUCAUUCGUAUAAUGGAUUCUUUAGUGAACUACGGGAGUUCAGAAUAUGAUGAGUGGGUAAAUCACCGACAGGCCUGGAAACUGGAAUCUCCUGGCAUUGUAGAACCUCCAGUUAAUUACAUUGUGUCGUCUCAUUCGAAAGGAAAAAGAAGAUCACGAUGGGCGCUAAUUGACAAAGCUUAUAUGCAUAGUACUUGGAGAGCUUCACAGUCCUCUUAUCAUAUUUUCCGGAUGAUGGGAAAUUUGUCUCCAUCUGAUCAUGUCUUGCUUUUGAUGGAUGAUCUUCUUAACUUGUCUUUACAUAGCUAUGAAACAGUCCGUGUAAUUGCUGGAAAAUCUCUUCUGAAAAUGAUGAAAAGAUGGCCAUUUACUAUUUCAAAAUGUGUGCUGACUCUCAGUGAAAAUUUGAGGAGUCCAAGCUCACCUGAAUAUGCAGUGUUAGGCUCUUGUGCAGUUCUUGCAACACAAACCGUGCUAAAAUGCUUGACUAUGGAUACAAAGGCACUUUCUUCUUUUCUGAUUGGAAUUCUUUCAAGCUCUCAUCACGAGUCAUUAAAAGCUCAGAAAGCAAUCAAUGAGCUCUUUGUGAAGUACAACAUUUAUUUUGCGGGAGUAUCUAGAAAUAUGUUCAAAACAUCAGCCAGCCAUUCAGACAAGACUGAUUUUGCAGUGUUGGUUUCUGAGAUCGGCUCUAUGAGUUUUGAAAGCACCAACUUGCAUUGGAGGUAUAAUCUGAUGGCUAAUAGAGUUUUGCUUCUGUUAGCAAUGGCUUCUAGGAAUGACCCGAACUCAUCAUCAGAAGUUGUCAGUGAAACUGCCGGUCAUUUCUUAAAGAAUUUGAAGAGUCAACUACCUCAGACGAGAAUACUAGCAAUCUCUGCUCUAAAUACACUGUUAAAGGAAUCACCUUAUAAACUGCCUGAGGACCGAACUGCCGUACACAUAAAUGUGAAAUCUUCUCUUGAAGGAGCUUUAAGUAUUAUAUUCAAAGAAGAAGGAUUCUUUAAUGAGACUUUAAACAGUCUUUCUCAUAUUCAUAUAGUUGAUACAGAUGGCGCAUCUUCCAAAGGAGGUCAUGGAAGCUCUUCAUUCCAGAGCCUCGCAGACAAAUCCAUCACCCGGUUUUAUUUUGAAUUUUCUUCAUCAUGGCCUCGUACACCUAACUGGAUAUCUUUACUGGGAAAUGACACCUUUUACUCAAGCUUUGCCAGGAUCUUUAAACGGCUUAUACAAGAAUGUGGCAUGCCUGUGUUAGUGGCACUAAAAAAUCCGCUAAAGGAGUAUUUAAAUGCCACGGAGAGGACAAAACAGUGUGUUGCUGCUGAAGCAUUGGCUGGUGUUUUGCAUUCUGAUGUCUAUGGUGUUUCAGAUGCAUGGGACAGCUGGUUGAUGGUUCAUCUGCAGAAUAUUAUUCAUGCGCCAUCUCUGGAAUCUAUACCUGAGUGGGCCGCUUGUAUACGUUAUGCAGUUACAGGGAAGGGAAAAUAUGGAACAAAGGUUCCUCUUUUAAGACAGAAAGUGUUAGACUGCUUGAUGAACCCUUUCCUGGAGGCAGUUAGUACUACGGUUAUUACCAAGCGCUAUAUUUUUCUUUCGGCUGCACUUAUAGAGUCAUCCCCUCCUAGAAUGCCUGCAGCUGAAAUGGAGCUUCAUAAUAAGCUGCUUCAAGAAUUGAUUGGAAAUAUGAAUCAUUCUUCUCCACAAGUAAGGGAAUCCAUUGGUUUGACUCUGUGUGUGGUAUGUUCAAACAUCCGACUAAACAAGUUGUGUAAUCAAGCUCAGUUCCAUGAUAUACAAAGUGACAGCUAUCAUGAAAACAUGAAAACAUGGUGUUGGGAUCAAUAUUUGGUGGACCAAGCUUCAAAACUUGUGCCAAAUAUCCAAAAGUCUAGCCAGUCAGAUGUAUUUGAUAUCUCAGCAAAUAAAGCCUCCGAAAAUGGAUCAUCAAACGACAAAUCUGAAGAUGAUGCUAAAUGGAUGGAGACGCUAUUUCAUUUCGUCAUCUCCUCUUUAAAGUCCGGAAGGUCUUCGGUUUUGCUGGAUGUUCUUGUUGGUCUUCUCUAUCCUGUAAUAUCACUACAGGAAACAUCAUAUAAAGAUCUUUCUACUCUGGCCAAAGUGGCUUUUGAAUUGUUCAAAUGGAGACUUGUCUUAGAACCUCAUCUCGAGAAAGUGGUACGUGUCUUGCUUGCUUCAGCGGAAGAUUUAAAUUGGCGGACCAGAUCAGCUACAUUAACUUUCUUACGAAGUUUCAUGUACAGACAUACUUUUGUCCUCCACAAGGUGGACAAAGAAAAUAUCUGGGGAACGGUUGAGAGGCUACUCUCAGACUACCAAGUUGAGGUACGAGAGCAUGCUGCAGCUGUUUUGGCUGGCCUUAUGAAGGGUGGGGAUCAAGAUCUUGCCAAUGACUUUCGCAGUAGAGCAUUCAAGCAAGCAAGCGCCAUUCAGAAUAAGAGGAAACGAAGAAGCUUAAGAUCAUCAGGGCAGUCAGUAGCAUCCAUACAUGGCCAGAUACUUGCAUUGGCCGCUUGUGUUUUAUCAGUCCCUUAUGACAUGCCCAGUUGGUUGCCUGAGUAUGUGACUCUACUGGCUCAAUUUGUUUCGGAGCCUUCCCCUGUCAAAUCUACAGUAACAAAAGCAGUGGCCGAGUUCCGGCGUACUCAUGCAGAUACAUGGAAUAUACAAAAAGAUUCUUUCACUGAAGAGCAACUUGAGGUUCUGGCUGAUACAUCCUCAUCCUCAUCAUACUUUGCCUGAAAAAUGGGUUGCUUUUAUUAUUACAUUGUAGUUUUUCUUUCUCAUUUUCACCUUAGAAAGCGAUUCUGUAAAAACAAAAGGUGUUCCGUAAACUUGUAAGGCGCUAAGGCUCAGGGAAGUGCCAAAGCUGUAGUUGGUUAUAGUAUACAUGUACUAAUCGGGUUGUUCAUGUACUUUUCUUUUCAUAAAUUUGAGUUGUUUUUUCAUUGAGGUCCCGCUUAUUAGACGUCCUCUAAAAAUUUGAUGUACCAUAAUGCAAUUUGUUAGACGCAAUUUGAGUGCAGUAUGAAUGGUACUCACAUGACCUAUGCUACAUUUGCAA